ACGGCGAGCAGAGGAGAAGAGAAGAGAAGAGAAAGAGGCGACGCCGCUGGCCAAGUUUCCCCGUCCACAGCCACAGAAGAGAACGCCUCCUCGCGGCCUCACCUCACCUCACCCCACCUCCACCCCUCCCCCUCCCCCUCCCCCUCCCGGCGUGAGAAUGAGAUAGAAACCGCGCCAAUCGCAUGACGCCAUCACCGGCGUCCACGUCCGCCUCCGACGCCGGGAUGCUCGGCCGGCGCCUCGUGAUGCUCCCGGCCGCGGCGGGGCUGGUGCGCAGGGGCCGGGCGCGGAUGCGGCUGGGGUGCGUGCUCGAGCACGUGGCCCCGCGGCUCGCGGUGGCGUCGGCCGCGCUCGUGGGGGCCGGGGAGGUCAUCGCCGCGGCCGCCGCCGCGGGGAAAAGCGGCGGCGCGGGGCAUGCCGCCGUGGCGUCGACGCUCGCGCAGCUUACCGUCACGGCGGUGGCGAUCGCCUCGGGGGCGUGCCUGUCGACCAAGGUCGACUUCCUCUGGCCUCGCAUCGAGCAACUGCCCGACACUCUUGUAUUUGAAGGAGUAGAGGUGACUGGAUAUGCGAUAUUUGAGGACCCAAAGGUUCAGAAAGCAAUUGUAUUUGCAAGUACAGCCCACAUCAGUCAAUUUAGGAAGACAGGAGAUCCAUAUGUCACACACUGCAUACAUACUGGGAAAAUCUUAGCUGCCCUGGUUCCAUCUACUGGAGAAAGGGCGAUCAAUACAGUUGUUGCUGGCAUUCUUCAUGAUGUUAUUGAUGAUACAGCUGAGAACUUGAAGAGCAUAGAAGAGCAGUUUGGGGAUGAUGUUGCGUGUUUGGUAUCUGGUGUUUCAAAGCUAAGCUACAUAAAUCAGCUGCUGCGCAGGCAUCGGCAAAAAAACACUGGUGGAAGCACUCUUACUUCUGAAGAAUUGCCAUACAAGGCACUACUGCUGUCUUCAGAAAACCACGGAAUUUAUUAUUCUCCUGUUGUCAGUCAGGCAAAUAAUUUGCGGGUUAUGUUAUUGGGGAUGGUUGACGAUCCACGUGUGGUGCUCAUCAAGCUGGCUGAUCGCUUACACAAUAUGAGAACCAUCUAUGCUCUUCCCAUUCGCAAAGCUGAAGCUGUUGCUCAGGAGACAUUGGCUGUCUGGUGCUCACUUGCUUCUCGAUUGGGUGUCUGGGCCUUGAAAGCUGAGCUAGAAGAUUUAUGCUUUGCUGUCCUUCAGCCCCAGGUUUUCAAGAAGAUGCGAUCCGAACUUACUUCAAUGUGGAAGUCAACCAACAGAUCUAAAAGUAUGAGAAGGUCAUCAGCAAGAAGCGGACUACCUUCCUCUAUGAAGGAUGAGCAUAAAACUUCCAUCCACGAUUUUUUUAGUUUGAGUAACCAAGAAAAACUGAAUAUGAAGGACCUAUUGCAAGCUGUACUGCCAUUUGACCUCCUUUUGGAUCGGAAAAGACGAUCUUACUUCCUUCAGAAUCUCCAGAGUAGUUCUGAAACGUCUGUAGCAAAGCCUAAGAUUGUUGAUGAUGCCGCUGUUGCAUUAGCGUCUUUAGCAGCUUGUGAGGAAGAACUUGAACAAGAAUUACUUAUAUCAACAUCGUAUAUACCUGGUAUGGAAGUGACUUUGUCAAGUAGACUCAAGAGCUUGUAUAGCAUGUACUGUAAGAUGAAGAGGAAACAUGUAGGCAUUAGACAAAUCUAUGACGCUCGUGCAUUGAGGGUGAUUAUUGGAGACAAAAACGGUGCAUUGCAUGGACCUGCUGUCAAGAAUUGCUACAAUGUCCUUGAUAUAGUACAAAGGCUAUGGACUCCAAUUGAUGGGGAGUUUGAUGACUACAUUAUCAACCCAAAGGGCAGUGGUUACCAAUCACUCCAUACAGCAGUUCAGGCAUCUGACAGCUCACCACUGGAGGUCCAAAUAAGGACCCAGAGAAUGCAUGAAUAUGCAGAAUAUGGACUUGCUGCUCACUGGCUGUAUAAGGAGAGCAAAGUUGACUACAGAGGUGGCACAAGUAACAAAAUAGGACAAAGUACAUCGUACCCAUCAAAUUCUUCAGAAGAUGAAAACUACAUACAAGAUGUUAUGCCCUCAAAGUACAGUUCUAUGAAAGUGGGGCAUCCAGUCCUAAGAAUUGAGGGUAGCCAGUUACUGGCAGCUGUCAUUGUCAGUAUAGAUAAAGGGGGAAAAGAGUUGCUUGUUGCUGUCAGUUUUAGCCUUGAAGCUUCUGAAGCACUAGCUGAACGAAGAUCUUGCUUUCAGUUGAAGCGUUGGGAAACUUAUGCUAGGGUUUAUAAAAAGGUUUCAGAAAAAUGGUGGUGUGCACCAGGACAUGGUGACUGGUCAACAAAUCUGGAAAAGUAUACAUUGUGCCAGGAUGGGAUAUUCCACAAGCAAGACCAAUUUGGGAGGCUUUUGCCUACUUAUAUUCAGUUUAUCGAUUUGACGGAAGAGGAAGAGGAAGAGUAUUGGAUGGUUGUAUCUGCCAUAUUUGAGGGUAAAGAAACCUCAUCUCUGACGUCUGAUUCAAGCAACACUGAAAGAUCAGCAUCUGAACCUGCAAGCUCUACUCCACUGAGUGAUCCUAUCAACAAUAAGGUUCAUUUGUUAAGGACAAUGCUUCAAUGGGAGCAACAAGUUCGACGUGGAGCAUCACUGGCGGAGAAAAGCCUUACUGUAAGCACAUGCACAGAGCCGAUCCUUCGUGAGGUGGCCAUCAUCUGCUGGCCGCACGGCAAGAUAAUGAGGAUGAGCCUAGGCAGCACAGCCGCCGAUGCCGCUAGAAGAAUGGGCGUUGAAGGGAAGCUGCUUUGGGUUAAUGGCCAACUUGUAUUGCCCCAAACAGAGCUCAAGGAUGGGGAUAUAGUUGAAGUGAGGAUGUAGCUGAUCUUCUUGGUAAGAUUGGUUUCUGAAGUUCUUAUCAACUAUCAAAGGUCGUACCAGACUGGAGAUUAAGAAAUGUAGAAAACCAACACCUCAAUUGUACAGACCAUUUUUUCGAAAGAAUCAAAGGAUGCAGGAUUUAUGUACAGGAAGUAUUAUGUUUGUACAUAACCAACUGGAGGUACCAGCUGUACGUGAUCCAUGUUUACCAGUUAAAUUGUAAAUUUCUGUAAGUAAAGCAGUAGUAAUAUUAGUCAGUAGGUGACAAUUCUCUAGGAACUGUAACUGUUCUGUACAUAAGUGGCAGUUCUUGAUCAUCUCAUAAUUUGAGCUAGUUUAAAACCUGGAAUGA